UCCAUCCGGCUUGCUGUCUUCUUUCCCGCGCAGUUCGUAUUGGCGCUGCUAUCAGGAGGUUACUUGUGUAACUUGUCAGCCGCAUUUCAUUUUCAGGUUUCUUGUCCAAGCCGGAAAAUACAUAAUUAUACAAGCUCUGUUUCAUACGGAGUGUAAGCGCGUCGGAGAUAGAAGAUGUCUUACGAGUAUGACCAGGCUAGUUUACCCGAUCUGCUCCCACUGUACUAUCGCCGUCUUUUCCCGUUUUCCCAGUACUUUCGCUGGCUUAAUUAUGGAGGUGUAACAAAGAAUUAUUUCCAGAACCGCGAGUUUUCCUUCACCCUGAAAGACGACAUCUACGUGCGGUACCAGUGCUUCAACAAUCAGAGCGAACUGGAGAAAGAGAUGCAGAAAAUGAACCCCUACAAGAUCGACAUCGGCGCCGUGUACUCGCACAGGCCGAGUCAACACAACACAGUGAAAUCCGGGACCUUCCAGGCACUGGAGAAAGAGCUGGUCUUUGAUAUCGACAUGACGGAUUACGACGACGUUAGAAACUGCUGCAGCGCUGCCGAGAUCUGUUCCAAAUGCUGGACGCUGAUGACCAUAGCCAUUCGUAUUCUGGACAGAGCGCUGAAAGAGGAUUUUGGCUUCAAGCACCGUCUGUGGGUUUACUCGGGCAGGCGAGGUGUCCAUUGCUGGGUCUGUGACGAAGCAGCCAGAAAACUCACCCAGUCUGCCCGCGCUGCCGUGGCAGAGUAUCUCAGCGCCGUGAAGGGUGGUGAAGAAGCCAUUAAAAAGGUGCAGCUGUCAGACCCCAUACAUCCCUUUAUCAAGGAAUCAUUGAAGGUGUUGCAGCUUUACUUUGAGGACUAUGCCUUGGUCAACCAGGACAUCCUCGGAAGCAAAGAAUCAAUUGACAAGGUCCUGGCUCUACUGCCUGAAGAGGUCAGAGACUUGCUGCAGAAUGAUUUCCUGAAAGUCAAAACUGCGGCCCAGCGCUGGGAAUGUUUGAAGAAAAGGGUGCUCCAAAUGCAGGGAGCUCUAAAGAAAGGGGUUUAUGGAGACUGGGACAUCAUGUUUCAGUAUUGCUACCCUCGUCUGGAUACUAACGUCAGCAAAGGCGUUAACCACCUGCUGAAGAGCCCUUUUAGUGUGCACCCCAAAACAGGACGUGUUUCUGUGCCAAUUGAUCUGAAUCUGCUGGACCAGUUCGAUCCCUUUGCAGUGCCCACGAUCAGCUUGAUCUGCCAGGAGCUGGACAAGGCCUUGGAAGGGGAUGAAGAAGCGAAUGACAAAGAGAACGAGGGAGAGCCGGAGCAGAAACGACGCGUCCGAGACUACAAGAAGACAAGCCUGGCAAAGUACGUGAAGGUUUUCGAGCAGUUUGUGGAGAAUAUGGAGCAGUCUUGGAAAGGAGAGCUUCUGAAAAAAAGUGAUCAGCAAAAGGACUUCUAAAUACACAAAUUCAAGGAAACAGAAAGCUGUAAAAGAUGCACUAUAUCAGAAGAAUUCAUUAUGCAGUGGCUUUGUCUUCUACAGCAGUGUUGUGCUGCUGUAGCCAGGAAUCAGAGUUCUAGUACAGAGGUGGUUUCCACCCUGAAGGUUGAGUGUAUCUGAAACUAGUUACACCAGGAUGCCUUGUGUAUUGUGUUUCAUUUAGAUCGCCAAAAAGUGGUUUGUAAAGAACGUUUUCUUAACCACAGAAUAAUAAGAUAUUAUUAUUAGUUUAUUUAGCAGACGCCUUUAUCCAAGGCGACUUACAGAGACUAGGGUGUGUGAACUAUGCAUCAGCUGCAGAGUCACUUACAACAACGUCUCACCCGAAAGACUGAGCACAAGGAGGUUAAGUGACUUGCUCAGGGUCACACAAUGAGUCAGUGGCUGAGGUGGGAUUUGAACCGGGGACCUCAUGGUUGCAAGCCCUUUUCUUUAACCACUGGACCACACAGCCUCCUAUUGCAGAUUCUAGUGUUUCCCAUCUGUGCCAGGUGCUUUGUACAAAUUGAUUUAAUGCAGGGACCCUGUGUUUCAUUUUUAAAUACAAGUUUGUACUCUGUCGCUGGAAAAUAAGUUGUGCACUGCUAUAAUUAAAAGUGUAAUAAAAUUAAUUUUAUAUGACAAUAA